AUGUCGGAUCCACGCGUCACCGUGACGCUGGCUCCCCUUUUCGAAGACACCCACCCUCUGCGUACCCUUACUAUGACCAACAAUGAUCAGACCGUGGCGAUCGGACGUGCCUCAAAGCGUGAAACUCGAAAACGGAGCCCUGCAACAGAGAACGCUUGGUUUGAGUCUCGGGUCAUGUCUCGUGACCAUGCCUUUCUCAACAUAUUGCCGGGCCGAGACGUGGUUUCCAUCUGCGACUGUGGCUCAACACACGGAACCUUCCUAAAUGAUACCAAACUGGCGACGGACGUAGAUACCCCGCUGCUGAGUGGAGAUAUCAUCCGAUUUGGUGUCGACGUCGACCGUGGUCAGGAGGUUUUUGAGGCCAUCGAAGUCCGCUGCAAGGUUGAGUGGCUUAAACCCCAGCUUGUGACCAUUCCAGAUGAUGGAAUUGCUAUCAAACCAGAUCCAAACCCGUCAACCAACAGUUUCUCUGUCCCCGAAGACGAUAGCGAUAUUGAGCCUGCCGAACUCCCCAGCGAGAACUGUUCUAAAGAGUCCGUUACUCGGUCUUGGGAAACUACUGUUCUGCAAUCUGUGGAUAAGGCGCUAAUCUCUCCUGCCUCGAGUGUUCAAAGUGAUGAACAUUCAAAGGACAAGCCGGAGGAUUCGGGAUGUUUGUCUCCUAUCGAGGAUUCGAUCACAAAGGUUGUGUCUGGCCCUACACCACUUGUCCUAGAUCUUAUCAGCUCGCUGUCCGAUACCAAGCCGGUCUCCGAGACUAAACCAUCCCUUACCACACCAGUCUCAGAUGCCCAAAUAUCUCCUACCAAACCGGCUUCUACCGAAAUUCCAUCUGACCAACAAGCAUAUGAAGCAAAUGACCUCCCUGCAGUCUGUUACCAGAAGGUACCCGAAGUUUGUUACAGCAAUUGGACCAUAAUGCGGCCCAUGUUUAUGCGCCUGGCAGACAUGGCUUGGGGCGAAUCCAACGUGAUCCCCGACGUGGAUCGUGACAGGCGGAUCAUUCAUGCUGCAAGCCGUUGUUCCCUUUCCAAAGAUUCGUACUGGGUAGACGAUUCCCCUAGUUUCCAACCUUGCGUUGGGACAGAAGUCUAUUGGGAGCCGGACUCUGAGGAAUCAGACACAUCGUUCCAUCGUAUGCCCGGCAAUCUUCUUAGGUACUGGUCAGUUGAUAAGCGAAGAUAUUGGAUCAUCUACGAAGAAGAUGAUGCUCAGUAUGUGAACAAUUGGUGGUGGAUCGUUGAAAAGCCACUCGAGCUUCUCAGCGAGGAACUAAAACGCCAGCUCGAGACUGAAGAUGAGGUUGACGACUGCCACAAAUGCUGGAUUGUGAGAGCCUGGGAGCCCCAAAUGAUCGGAGGUCGAUGGUGCGAUGUGGCUCCUUACUGGGAUCCGAAUUUCGAUAAAGAUUGGCUCUCUGAUGACGAGUCCGUUGAUUCAGACGAAGAGGCACAGGGCAGUGAGGAGUAUAUGUCCGAGUCAGAUGGUAUCAGUGAUUCGAUCUCAGAGCACUUCAGCGAAUAUCCAUAUGGGAUGUUCGAUGGCGAAUUGAUUCGUGGAGACGGCUGUGAAGGGUCGGAAGAGGACUCCGAGGAUGAUGACCAAGAGGAGGAUGAUGACGAGGGCUUGGAUGAAUCCGAACACGAAUCUGAUUGUUCCUCUGAGGAUGAACCCCUUGAAUGUCGUAUCCUGCAAAAGCCUCUUGUCUAUUCUUCCCUUGAUAUGGAAUAUGGAAAGAAGCUUGAAAACGCCAACCACACUGAUGCCGUCGAAGUAUCCAAGCAUGUACCCGAGGAAGCUGGUCCAGGACGACUGUACCAGGAGACUAUUGCGGGCCAGUCACUGAGUAUCACACAGAAUGAGAGCAAACAAUCGAUGACACAGACUGCCCCUGGUAUGACGAAUCCAGGUGCUCGGUUCCCGACAUACACUGUUUCUGGUGAGCUGCCAAGAUCAUGCCAGAACAAAUACCCACCAAUGCAACGAAAGAUUGAGAGCGCUGUUGGAGUGCCAUCUUUCUCCCAUGAAUUCGAGAAUCGUUAUCACGAUGGACCAUUCUCAACCAGUGCACCUGUGGAAGAUGGCUCUGUGCCCCAUCUGGCAACAUCUAGAAAAUCAAAUUUGAAGCGCACGGCAACAGAGAUGCAAUCGUCGUCUCUUGAACCCGGUUUUUCCCAAGAUGCCCAGCGGCUGCCUGUAGAGCUGGCCAGUCAGCCAGAUCCCAAUCUUGACACAAUUCCCUCUGAAGCCAUGGAUGCGAUCAGCUCUGCACUUGCCGAGAAUGAGCGUCCGGCAAAACGAAUCAAGUCUAAUGACUCAACCUCAAAGUCCUUGGCAAGCCACGCCACCACGGCUGUUAUUAGCGCUCUGCUGGGUGGACUGGGAACUAUCGCUGUGCUAGCAGCCUUGCCCAAUGAAUAUUUCCAGUGA